UGGCUCACUCGCUCUCGCUCAGUUUCGCUGGCUGCAUGCAGUAUUUUCAAAUGGGGCAACCCACGCGGCUGUGUGUUGGUGCGCGCCCCGUUCGUCGUACAUAUGUAAGAUACAGAUGAAGUCGGAGUUGAAUUGAAAAUGAAAUGGAAAUGAAAAUACAACCCACCUAUUUUUGUUUCAUUUCAAUGUUAUACGAUUAAGUGAUUCGUUCUCUAAUAUAUAUUUUUAAAACUGUUAUUUAUUAUUCGUGUGACUGCGGCGACGGUUUCUCGUGUGUUUCUCGGUGCUCCGCUCGGUACUGCUGCUGUUUGCCGUGCUGGGAAGAAGGUGCUUUUUGGUUUCGUUUGCUGCUGCUGCUGCUGCGACUUCUUGGCGCGAGGUGUGCAAUCCGGUGCGCUUUUCUGCCUGCUGAGUCCGAAUGUGUCUCUGCUCGGAACGACGGACGACGGACGACGACAACGGAAUCGGCCGUACCAAACAAUUCGAUUUACCAAAGAAACAAAAACACACAGCACAAAAACAAGGGGAAGUAGUUUAGGUUCUGCGGCAAUUGGACGACGCGAAAUUGCACCGAGAACAAACGGGAAGAAAACCAUCAGAAAACAGUUGAACAGUCAGUCGUACAAUUGGCAUUCGAGUGGCAGCAAGCCGUGAUUCGUACGCGAUUUUACCUACGCGACCACCAAUCAAAUGAUGUGACGAAGAAGAAAAGUGACGAAGAAAAGUGUGGACCCGAAAAUGUGUGUGAUUCAGUUUGCGUUUGUUGUUGGGGGCCAAUAAUGUGAGAAAGAAAAAUUGUCGCCGAUUGGUGCAAACUUGGAAAGAAGGGUGCCGCUGAAAAUAAAUGUGUAAUAAUUGAAAGAAAAUAAUGAGAAAGUAGGAGCGUGUGUGAAAAUUUGUCGAAAUUUAUAAACAAGUGCCGGUGUUUAGGGAAGAUUGAUUGAAAAUGAUAGUUUGAAGUUGGUGCGUGUUUUUUUUUUUUCAUCUUUUCGGCGCUUGCAAAAUUACUGAUCACUGCGAAAAAGUGUUGCGUGUACGCAAAGAUAUUAUGGACAGUGCAAUGGAUUCGGCAUCGACGGCCAGUGAUCACAGUAUUGCGUCGUCCAACGAUUCCCGUGGUCGCAACCUGUCAUCUCCGGCGAUGCCCCAUACGCACAAUGGCAGCGGUCAUCCGCUGGACAAAACGCGAACUCCAACCCCGGUCAGUCCGGUGCAUCACAACAGUCACGGUACGAGUCUAAAUCACGGAUCAGGCCGCCAGAUGGCCUCUAGUCCCCUGGGGGCAACACCCCAACAGAUGAUGAGUAUGGCCCAUCCGCUAAGUCCACCGCACGUGUCAACACCGAAUGCGAUGGCCAUGGUCGGGAUGCCACCACGGAUGGCCGGAAACCUGUCGCACAUUCCACCGCACGGACUUGGACUGCUGAACUCUUUUAUGCACCAUGCCAGCCCGCUCGAUCUGAUGGCCGCGGCCCAUCAUCAUGUACCUCCACGGUCAUACAACAGUCCACCGCCGAUCUCCAGCUCCGAUCCAACGGCCAACGAGUGCAAGCUGGUUGACUACCGAGGACAGAAAGUGGCUGCCUUCAUCAUCCAGGGCGAAACGAUGCUCUGUCUUCCGCAGGCUUUCGAACUGUUUCUGAAGCAUCUGGUCGGUGGUCUUCACACAGUCUACACCAAACUGAAACGGCUGGACAUCGUACCGCUGGUUUGCAACGUCGAACAGGUCCGGAUACUCCGUGGACUCGGUGCCAUCCAACCCGGAGUCAACCGGUGCAAACUGCUCGCCUGUAAGGACUUUGACGUACUCUACCGGGACUGUACCACCGCCAGAUGCUUAUCGAUAAAACCACCUGAGAGUAACUCUCUGCUAUCGCACAGCUCUAGGCCCGGCAGACCCCCGAAACGAGGCCCCGUUGGACUGUCAAUGCCGGCGUCGCACAUGUCACAUCACGCCGCCUCCCAGAUCAAGAAGCAUCGGCUGGACAACGGCGAGUUCGUCUACGAGAACGGACAUCUGAAUGCCUCAUGGCUCACUGCCAUUACAGAUCUACCGCGGUUGGACAAGUCGCCUCUGCUGGCCAAUGGCUACAACGCACCCCCGACGCACCUCAACCACAUUCCGUUCAUGCAGAUGAACCCGCAUCCCGUUGGUGGUCACCCUCUGAUGAGUCCCGGUGUGAACCCGCAUGGAAUCCCGCGACCAGAUGGGUCUAUUAUCAAGGGACAGAAUAUUCCCGGCAUGGAAGCCAUCGCUAGAGCUGCUUAUGAGGACAUUGUUAAACAUUUGGAACGACUACGAGAGGAGCGAGGUGAUGAUCGGACUGUCAGUCUUGAACAGAAGCCACGUGACCUGAGCUCCCAAAGCGCUCCGCUUCCCGAAUCGCCGAAUGGGGCCAGUCCGGUGCUGAACCUGUCCAAGUCCGGUGGUGACCAGACCAGUGGUGGCGCCCCCAGUGAGCGAAGUAAUCAAAAUUCACCCGAACCAUCGGUGCACGAAGAGGACGAAAAUAUCAGCGAAGCCAACAUAUCGGACACCGAGGAACCCAACGAGAAGGAAGAAGACAUCAGCGAUUGCGAGCGGGACAUUUCAUCACCGUUGCCGGCCACGGUUCCGGUUUCGCAGGAAAUGGAAAGCCGCCAGCAGGCACUCAACUAUUCCAGUCUGGCGGCCACGGCAGCCGCGGUGGCCGUCGGCAAUGUUCCGACGGCCCAGGAUCCAACGCACUCGUCGACGGAAACACUGCUACGGAACAUCCAGGGCCUGUUGAAGGUGGCCGCCGACAAUGCCCGGCAGCAGGAACGGCAAACCAGUUACGAAAAGGCCGAGCUAAAGAUGGACGUUAUCCGAGAACGCGAAGUCAAAGAUUCCCUGGAACGCCAGUUGGCCGAUGAAAAGCGACUCCGAGGACUUUACCAGAAACGAUUCAAAAAAGAGCGUCGAUUGCGGGUGCAGUUGAAGGAACGAUUAGAUACCGAACGGAAGCGUCGCACUCAGCUGGAAGAGAUUAUCAAGGCUUCGGGAGCACCCGCGGAAGCGUUGAGGAUUAUCGCAGAAAACAUCAACAACGACCAACAGCGGGAAAAGGAACGUGAACGUGAACGGGAAGCGGAACGGGAACGUGAGAAAGAACGUGAGGCGGAACGCGACCGGGAAAAGCACCGGGACAAGGUUCGCGACGAACGGGAACGACUCGGUGACUCGGAUCGGAUGCGGGAUCGAGACUCGGACCGGGAACGAAGUCGGGAACACGAACGGGAUCGCGAUCGAGAAAGAGGAUCCUCGGUCGAGCGAUUCUCCAAGGAGGGCAGUCCAAUCAUUUCGAGAGGGGCCAGCCAGGGGAUUUCUCCUCCACAGCCCCACAUUCCGGAAGGGAAAACUUGGAACUAUCCGGGGCUGGACAUCAUGGCCACUGGAGCGUUCUGGCAGAAUUAUUCCGAAUCCUUGGCUCAAGAGCUGGAACUCGAGCGCAAAGUGCGACAACAGGCUGCCGAAGGCGAAGUCAAAGGGCCUCUCCAGGAUCGGUCCAAUUACUACAAAAACUCCGUACUGUACACCAGUGCCACUUAGUUCCAGCAAUUAGGGUUAAUCUUUUCAUCGCUCUCGACAGCAGUAGCUUUUGUUCUACUUUUCCCUCUCCUUCUGGUGCUGGUCGUGGGCUGGCACUUGCUGCAAUUUCCAGUCCUACUAGUGCUACUACUAUUGCUACUGCUACUGCUGCUGUUGCUGCUGCCACCUACCAACUCUCAGUCAUUCGGUAGUACUGGACUGGUUAAUCGAAUGUGCAAUUAUACUAAGGGCAAAGCAACGUCCGAGCGAUUUUAUAUCACACCGAGAAAAAUGAAAAAUGAACAGAGAGAGAGAGAGAAAGAAAGAAAGAGAUCGAGAAAAUGAUACACCGAACAAAUUGGAUCACGUGCAGCAAAUCAUUUCCGCAUGACUUUGCCCUUACUAUUUUACAAACACACAGUCACACACACAAACACAAAUAGCUUGGAUUUUUACUCUUUGAUCAAAGAAGCAGACGGAUUAUACGAGCCCAUGUUACGAAAGCGAAAAAAAUGAACUGAUACUAAGAUUUUAAUGAUAGACAAACUGUAUUUAUUGCUAAUCAAACAUAAUGAUUAUAAAAAAAACAAAUCACGAAUGAAUAAACAAACCAUAAGCUGCAAAAGAGAGGAAAAAAUAAUCAAUAAAAUGAGAGAAUCAAAAUCAGUCAACGGAAAUGUCCAUUGAAAACAGAUCUCAAACAAAUUCCCACACACACACACUGAGAAAAACAGGCACGCAUAAACCGAAAGAAAUAUUUUGAAAAUAAUGACUCCGGCACUGGCAAAUGGCGGAUCAACGCGUAAUGUAAUUUAUUUGUGGUCGCUCGAUGUUAAGUAGUUAAAGUGUAAAGCAGCUGCAUAAUGAUGGCAAAAACAAAAAAUCCACAAACCCAUUAAAAAAGUAUUUUAGGUGAAACUGUAACUUAGCACAAAUAUUUAUUUAACCAAAACAAAAACACUCACACACACCCAGACACACUUUGGUCUCCUUACACUGUCUCAGGAUCAGAUCGGAUCCCUGAGACACAGAUAUUUGUAAAAAAAAUUGAUAAAAUAAAAUAAAAAACCGUGGAUGGUUCAAACAUUUUUAUUAAGCCAUAUUUUUCAUUAACUUAUUUGUAAAAGUCAGACUUUUUUCCGUUAACAGCAAAAUAAUCCUUCGAACGAGACCGUACUGUAAUAAGUAGUUGAUAAAAGUCGUAUUACUGAAUGAUAAACAUAUUUAAAUCAGCGUAGAAAUGUGAAUAUAAUCAUAGUUUCGUGGUUUUUGAAAACAAGUAAUUAAACAAAACAAAAAAAAAGGUGAAUUAGACACGUAAGUUGUAAGCACAGAUUACUGAACGCAUACACACACAUACACGGACGAAAAAGUACCUAGUAUUUUUUCCGGGUUGAUUUCUUCCAGAUUAACAUCCACAUAAUGUUUAUGAUCGAGUAUUAGACAACAAACCAGUGAUAGUGAUUGUUAGGCGCAUAAACUCACCUCGGGAAGUAAACUUAUUUUUACACGUAACUUUAUUCAAACUUAUUUGUUUUUCGCCACCCUGUACUGUUAGGUAGUUGGAUUUUAAACUUAUUUUUUUUUUAGAUUUUACUUCGUGUACAAAAAUAAUGUCAAGCAGAAAGUAUCCAUUCGCGUCAACACAGAAGCACAAAACGCAAGUUUCACCUUAUUUUUGAAUUUCUCUACCGCAUUUAUAUGUGAAUCCAAAUAGACGAAAGGCAAACGGAACGUGACUUAUUUAUUUAUCCGUAAAUGUAUUUUUUUGAAAUACUAAAUAAACCGAAUUACAGAAUAAACAAUCGCUAUUUAUCAAAGGAAAAAACUAUACACAUUGUAUCUAUUAUAAAUAACUAAGCGUAAGUGAAAUUAUCAAAACAGCUAAUAAACGACGGCAACGGAGAAGAAGAAGAAGAAAAAAACGGGGCUAGAAAAAAAGAAACAGGCUUUGGAAACCAGUCGAAUUAUUCGCAACGAAUAAUUUCUGUUUUUGUAUGUACUUAAGGGCUUAUUGUUAAUGGUGAGAAUAGAAAAAAAUAAAAUAAAACACCCGCAUCAGAUCGUCGGAUCUGGAUUUGAAAAUCGGAAUCGGACAAAUGCAGAAAAGAAAAGAAGAAAAUGAAAAAAUAACCGCAUUCAGAAAAUGAGAUUCUGUUUCUUUUUUUUUUUCUAACGGUAACAAUUUACGGUAUAAUGAAUUACAACAACAUAAACAGAAACAAACUGCUGUAAUAUGGGAUGCUCCUGUGCUAUUAGUAAAGUAAAAUAAAAUACCAAAAAGUAA